CAAGAGAAUGCUUUCCCUAUUUCCCAUUGUCAGUCUUGCCAGUGUUACCCUGACGUGUGCACUCAGGAGGUCCCGGAACCACCAGCUGCUACAGAGCUGACUGGAAAGAGCCAGAAAAAUCUUGGAGACUCCAAACCCUGGGUACAAAAUCAGGCAGCUUCAGCAACUCAGGAGAAUUCUCUCUGUGGGAGCUCCACACCAUCACCCUGUACCAGAGACAGAGAAAAAGGCAAGAAGUUUGGCUUCAGUCUCUUGUGGCGCAGCAUAUCCAAAAAGGAGAAGCCCAAAACACAGCACAGCAAUUUCUCUGCCCAGUUCCCACCUGAGGAAUGGCCUGUCCGAGAUGAAGAUAACUUGGAGAAUAUCCCUCGAGACGUCGAACAUGAGAUAAUCAGACGAAUUAACCCGAUUCUGACUGUGGACAACUUAGUCAAACACACUGUCCUGAUGCAAAAAUAUGAAAAACAUAAAAAAUAUAAUAGCCAGGGCACGUCCACUGAUAUGUUGACAGCCAGGCACAGGCAUUCUUCCAAAGAGGCAGUUAAGAAAAGGCAGGGUCAGUCUGCAAAGUCUCGAAGGCAGGGCCAUUCUCACAGGGAUAGACGUAAAGCCAGAAGUCAGGGAAGCAAGCAGCAGCCGGGAAGCAUUAGACUGGAGAGACACUGCAGGCCCCCUGCCACACAGCCCGCUCCCGGAGCUCACAGCCCGAGUGAAGCGGUCAUUCAGAAACCAGUAGGGGAGAACCCAGCAGUGCUGAGUUCCCACUUGGUUUACAAAAAGCGGAUCAGUAAUCCUUUUCAGGGUUUGGCUCACCGAGGGAACCCAAUAACCAAAGGGCACAACGUUCAGAAGAUCAGUAAUCUGAAAAUCAGUCAGACUGGACUAAAGGAAAAAAAGCCAUUCCAAAGGUCAAAGUCUUUGGAUUCCUCCAGAAUCCUUGAUGGUGAAGCCAGUCGGCCACAUGUUGAACAUCGUGAUGAUAAACUGAAAGCAGAAGCCACUUACGUUGAUAACGCUACCGUCACUCCUGUCAGUGCUGGCUUUGGAGACCCGCUCUUCACUUACCAUCAGUGUAGAGAAUCGUGUAAAGAUGGUCAGUGCUGUUCCUUCAGGGAAGGCACGCUGAGGCGCGAUGUGUGCAGUGGAGAAAAUGAGAUAAUCCCUGGAGCCUUCAGGGAAAAUCAUUCUCACUUUGGCAAAUUAGAGGAGACCAAGGGAACAAAGCAUGCCCUGCCUUCACCAGGUACCUCCUCUUUAGACCAGACAGCUGCUUGUAAAUUAAUUGAGAAGACGGUACACCAGUUGCAAAAUCUUGGUCUUUUGGAUUAUUCAGUUGGCGCAGACCAUUUGAGACAACUCGAGAAACAGGGCAGAGACUCAGGAGAAUUCAUGGCAAAGGCAUUUGUCCAGGACGCAGGGACUGCGUGCCUAGAAAAUGGAGGGUUCUCUGAUGAUGACCGGGUCUUGUGUCAGAAUGAAGUGGAAGAUGAUGGUGCCUGCAGUUCACUGUAUCUAGAGGAUGAUGACUUUUCUGAUGAUGACGACUUGUGUCAAAUGCUGUCUGGUCACAGUCAGUACUCCUUGGUGACUGGUGGAAGCAAGUGGAACCAUUUAGAAAAACAGAAAGUGACUGAGAGAUCGCUGACUGAGUACAGUGGCAAAAUGGAUAGGUUUGAACCUUGGACGCUUAAAAGUAAUGAAUGUUACACACCUGCUGGGUUGCUUACUAACCCAGGUGAAAGCCAGAAACCUAAUCUCUCUUUGGAAAGCUGUGGCCUAAAUUCAGGGAAACGGUUUGGUUUUAACUUUGGAGAAGAAUCCAGUAUUGCUAAAUGUGUGCAGGCCUUGGUACCUGCUGAAGGAAGUUUAUUUGAUUACUGUAGCACCAGGAAAGCCAAUUCUGAGGCUGAAACCCUACAAGACUCUGUUGGUGACACAGGAGAGAAACCAGCUGGCUGGAAUCAGAGUCCUCAGAAUCAGGAAGUGAGAAAACAUUUCACACAAAAGCUAGAACUUUUCAGUCCUUCACAUAUGCUAGUGUUGGCUCAGGAUAUCCAGAACGUACACACACACUUGGAAGGAACAGAAAACCAUAGCAUGGCAGGAGACAGUGGAAUAGAUUCUCCCCGGACACAGAGUCUGGCAUCUAAUAACUCAGUCUUUUUGGAUGGAUUAAAAAGAAGACAGAAUUUUCUACAGAACUUUGAAGGCACAAAGAGCAAUCAAACACUCACAUCUGAUUCCUUACUACAACUAACUCCAGUCAUAAAUGUCUAAUUUUCUUUUGUAAACUUUUUUAAUGUACAUUACUAUAGAAUUUAUCAACUGAAUAUGUAAGAAUCUUCUAAAACCAAGCGUAUAUGCUAUUAACCUUAUUACAUAUUUUGUUGUCAUUACUGGCUUUUUGUUUUUGGAUAUUUUUAAGGCUUUAAAGCUUAUUUUAGUAUGAAUUUAUUGGGGAAUAUAUAGGUUAUAACAAAACAUGGAAUUAUUGGUAAUUUUCCAAUUAGAUGUAAUUAACUUAAUUUUCAGACAUUCACUAGUUUUUCAAAUAUAGGGCACUAAUUUAGUCACCAAGUAUCGCAGUUCUUUACCUACCCCGAUAGUUCAUAGAUCCAGAAAACUGUGUAUUUUAGGUUUGCAUAGAUAUUUGGCAACUGAAGUCUAUUAUUAUCAGACAGAAUUUAUAUAAAUUAGUUGGCUUCUUUGCAACAAGAAUUCCUUUCAUCCAUUCAUUGUCACCAAGGAUCUUCUCUUUGAUUGGACUUGAAUAUGAGCAAAUGGCUCCAAAUGUCAUGGACUGACAAUGUCGAAAAUGUUUGUGGCAGUGGACAUCUGGCUCUGCUAUUCUUCCUGUAUUUUAGGCUCUCUCUACAACAUGGCGAUGGGAAGUUGGAUGGUGGAGAUAGAAGAGAAGCAGAAUGGUUGUUGAAUGGCUUGUGAGUAAAAGGGAGGUUCUGAAUUAGAGAUUUAAAGGCAAGAUGGAAGAUGACUGAUAGACAUUUAGCAAUUCAUCUAUAUUUGGAUCCAUUUUUUUAAAAGGUAAUUUUUGAAGAAUUAUUUAAUUUUAUUUUAAUUUGAACAGAGAGAGAGA